ACCACUUCACAAAAUGCUUUUCCUCCCAGCUGCUGCUCUGUGCUGUCUGUGUUCAGCGCUGGUUGCCAUGGCAGCACAGCUGAGUCAGGAGGAUUUAUCAUUGACCAGGAGAGCUGGUGAAACAGUCUCCUUCAGCUGUCGAGGAACUGAGCAGUGUAGCACUGGUUAUUAUGUAAUCUGGUUCCAGAAGAAAGACACAGAAACAUUCACAGGGAUUCUGGACAUUGACAAGACGAGUGGUACAGUAUAUAAUAAAGAUUAUUACAAUCAUCCUCAGAAAGAUGAUUUCUCACCUGUAGAGAAACAGAACAACUAUGAGUUGCAGAUCCAGACAGUUCAACUCUUACAUUCAGCUGCCUACUACUGCUCCUGUUGGCAUAAAGAGUCCCACAGAGGACGCUACCUCAUCUUUCUCUCUGGAACUAAACUGUUUGUAGAUGAGCAGGUAGUGAAGCCCGUGGUGAGCGUGUACCGAGCAGCAUCCAGAGCCCACCUGGAGGGGAAGAGCUCCCUGCUGUGUCUGGCCUCAGCCAUGUCUCCUCCUCUGGUCCAGUUCUCCUGGAAAAGACAGAAGAAGAACGGCCCGCUGGAGGAGCUGACCUCUGCUGAGGGAGAGCAGCUGGAGCUCAGAGAGCCGGGACGCAGCGCCUCCAUCCUGCUGCUCCAUCAGCAAGAGGACAGCACAUAUAAAUACAGCUGCUACGUCAAGCAUGAGGGGAGCACAGUGAGGGCCCAAACAGAACAAGAGUUUUCUACUUUUAUUCCACCAAGACCAACUCCAACAUCUCCACCAGCUCUGCCAACUCCAACAUCUCCACCACCACCAACAUCUCCAGCAGCUUUUGUCCCGUCUCAGUACCAGGUGCUGCUGCUCUGUGUGCUGUACACAGUGCUGAUAGUGAAGAGUCUGGUGUACUGCUGUGGACUCUCUCUGCUGAUGAUCCUCAGAAACAAGGGACCGUCCACCAACUGCACACAUGCUGACUGACUGUUUCCUGCUCGCCUUUUCUCACCAUCACAUCUCAUCAAUUCAUCUCAUUCAUCACUUUAAUCAGUCUUCACAAAUGUCACUUAUGACGUUGUGUUGUGUUUGUUUUUACGU